UUGAAACGUCAUCGAUUUGCUUUUUUUUUGUAAAAAAUUGAUUUAAAUUGGUCAGCGGAAACAUCGUCGAACUCAGAAACGAACCGAACCGCCACUAUGGAGGUUCUCUGCAAACUUGCAGUGCUUUUCGCACUAUUAUUUACCUUGACGGCCGCUGAGCCAGUCUAUUCGAAUGCCAUCAACAAGGAAUUGAGCUUGGGAAACUUGCUUUACGAUGCCAUCACCGGAGAAUUGACACUUCCUGAGGCCAAUGCUUUGGAGAAUCUGGAAAAGUGUGUCGCCAAAUAUUCAUGGAAAAAUGUGGAUAUCAUGAUCAAUGCGGGUAUCAAAAUGCGUGAUUGCGGCAAUUUGAAUAUAAAUGACCUGCAAAACUACGUGCAGCAAAGGAGCUCAUCGGGAGUCAAGGACUCCUUCAAACAACAGUCGAUCGCCUGUAACUCCCGCAACUGUUAUGCCGAUCUGGUCAUGAAUCUGUUUUCCAAUAUACGUCCCAUGCAUAAGAAUUACUGGCAGAUUCAGCGUUGUGUUAACCAUGAACUUGAGAAAACUAUGCACAACUUAAGGAGAUCGUUUGACAGUUUGGAGAACUGCGUUUCCCAAAUUCCAAAUGGACAAAACACCACAGAAGGUCCUGGAUGGAACAACACAACUCCAAGCUGGACUGGCCCUACUCCUCUCUGGAAUUGGACAACACCUAACCCACCAAACUGGAAUUUCACUGAUCCGACAUGGAGCACACCAAGCUGGAACUGGACAACACCAAACUGGAAUGCCAGCACCCCAAGCUGGAAUGAGACUACUCCUAACUGGAACUUCACCACCCCAAGCUGGAAUGACUCUACCCCCAACUGGAAUGUUUCCACUCCCACUUGGAGCACCCCUAGCUGGAAUGAGACUACCCCCAACUGGAAUUUCACCACUCCUAGCUGGAAUGCAUCUACUCCUACGUGGAGCACUCCUAGCUGGAAUGAGACUACCCCCAACUGGAAUUUUACCACCCCAAGCUGGAAUGACUCUACCCCCAACUGGAAUGUUUCCACUCCCACUUGGAGCACCCCUAGCUGGAAUGAGUCUACCCCCAACUGGAACUUCACCACCCCAAGCUGGAAUGAGACUACCCCCAACUGGAAUGUUUCCACUCCGACUUGGAGCACCCCUAGCUGGAAUGAGACUACCCCCAACUGGAACUUCACCACCCCAAGCUGGAAUGACUCUACCCCCAACUGGAAUGUUUCCACUCCCACUUGGAGCACCCCUAGCUGGAAUGAGACUACCCCCAACUGGAAUUUCACCACUCCUAGCUGGAAUGCAUCUACUCCGACUUGGAGUACUCCUAGCUGGAAUGAGACUACCCCCAACUGGAACUUCACCACCCCAAGCUGGAAUAACUCUACCCCCAACUGGAAUGUUUCCACUCCGACUUGGAGCACCCCUAGCUGGAAUGAGACUACCCCCAACUGGAACUUCACCACCCCAAGCUGGAAUGACUCUACCCCCAACUGGAAUGUUUCCACUCCCACUUGGAGCACCCCUAGCUGGAAUGAGACCACCCCUAACUGGAACUUUACCACCCCGAGCUGGAAUGAAACUACCCCUAGCUGGAACUUCACCACCCCAAGCUGGAAUGAAACUACCCCCAACUCGAACUUCACCACUCCAAGCUGGAAUGAGACCACCCCUAACUGGAACUUCACCACCCCAAGCUGGAAUGAGACUACCCCUAACUGGAAUGCAACCACUCCCACUUGGAGCACUCCUAGCUGGAAUGUGACUACCCCAAGCUGGAAUGAGACUACCACCAAUUCGAACGUCACUAUCCCAAGCGGGAAUGAGACUACAGAGACCCCGCGGACCACCGAAGGUCCAACAACGACAACUACGCAAAGUUGGUGGGAAAAAAUCUUUCAUGACAUAGGACUCUAAGUAUUUUCCUUAGACCUGUGAAGGGGCAAUUUUAAAUUAACCAAUCAGUUAACUUAGUAAUAAAUAGAACAGCAUUGAAAUGUA